UCACCUGUUUCAGUCAUUAUUCCCGGCUGUUACAUCUGCCACCACCUGAGCAAGAACAUGUGGCGCCUAUUAAAAAGAAUCACGUGGCUGGUUCUCGCCGGUAUGAUUCAUGUAUUGUGGGGAGUCGCAGAUCAGCAAACCAUCAGGGCUGACCCUGGAGAGACUGUCACUCUGCCAUGUCGAGCCCCCACAAACUUCUCCAUCGCAGCUGUGGAGUGGACCACACCUGACCUGAAGCCCGAAUACGUCCUUUUCUGCCGUUUACACCAGAGGCCUGAUGUAGAAAACCAGCAUCCAUCUUUUCAGAACCGGGUGGAUCUGACGGACAGAGAGAUGAAGGACGGUGACGUGUCCAUGAUUCUGAAGAAUGUGACGAGUAACGACACAGGAACAUACGAGUGUCACAUCAUUAACGACAAGAACAAGAGCGGCUCAAAGCGCAAGAAGAGAGCCAGCUUUGACACUGACGCCACCAAGAUCAUCUACCUGCAAGUUCAUCAGGCAGGUCGCACAGCUGGACACGACAAGGGUGGAGGAGAAAGGAAUCGACGUUACGGACUGGUAGCCGUUGUUCUUGUUCUUGUUCUUGUUCUUAUUUUUCUUCUUCUUAUGAUUUUUGUAUUACGUAGCAGACAGAGAGCAGAAUUUACACCAACCUCCUGCUGAUGUAGUAGGUGACGAUCUGCUGUAAGACAACACACAUGGUAAAUACUGGAGGGGUCUGUGAGCUCAGAGGAUCCUGGGAGCUGUGUUGGGUCUCCCACAGCAAACUGGUCUCAGGUGAUAAUAUAAGAUAAUAUAAGAUAGAUGAAAAUUCAAUUGUCCAGCUGCCCAAGUGCAUUUACAGUCGUAUAGGAACUGACCGAACUCCGACCUCUGAGGCGCCAAAAACUGCACUUUCUUUACUGCGCACUUUAUUUUCUGUGGGGAUGGAUGGACGUGAUGAAUUAGGAAGAAUUAUUAUUUAUAUUAAUAAAUAUAAUAAUGUAUAUUAUUAUAACAAACUGAGGAGUUGAAUCACAACCUUUGCAAGUAAAGAAGUGAUUAUAGUCCUUCAUCUCGCAGUGCUGUCUCCUUUGCAGAUUAUCUCUGCAAAGGAGAAGUGCUCACUAUCACAGAUUUAGACAGAUUUGUGAACAAUAUUUGAGAGAAAUGGUUAUUUUGUGUAUAUAGAAAAUGUUUUAGAUCUUUGAGAUCAUCUCAUGAAAAAAGGGAACAAAAACAAAAGUGUUGCAUUUAUAUUUUUGUUCAGUGUAUAUUUAACUUCAAUGAAAACAAAGGAUCAAAUAUAUAUUUAUAUUCAUUAAUACAAUAUAAAUGCUGCUUAUAUAAUUUGACGAGAGUAUUUCCACUGUAUUAUUACUUCUUAAUAAAAAGUUUAUCAUAGCGCUGUAGUCACUGAACUGUAGAGGGUUGCGAUGUCUGAUGUCUGAUCACAGCUGCUUCAGUCUGACUGGUGUCUCGUGACCGGCGGCUGAAUCGGAGCCAGAGAAUUUUCUAAUGAAUUUACCAGUUAAAAUAAACAAAGAUCCAGAUUAUCAGAAUAUUGCAACCUACAAUCGAUGUGAUGAAACACGGGACACUUUGCCAAGUAACUGCCUUAGGGUUUUUUUGCUACUACUAUUAAUGAAUGAAUUUUGUAUGAAUGUAUGUUAUUUGUACUCUGGAUUGAUGAAGGCAACUAAAGACCGGUGACAAACUCAGAGAAAAACCUGAAUAAAUGAGAGAACAGUUUCAGAUGCUUCCAUAUCGGCCGUUGGUACAAUUAUCUCAUGCUGAGAGUCGCAUCAGAAGAGCAGGCCCGGUUCACCCUCAUCAUCAUUUAUUGUCACAAAAGAAGGGGAGGAGGGUAAAAGCCUGGAGAGAUUUGUUAAAACAUCUUCUCCUCCACCAUCAAAGGACUCCAGCCAAUCAGCUGUUCAAGUCAUUUUACGUUGGUUUUUUCUUUUUGUCACCCGUCUGAUUGUUGAAUGUAGCAAUGAUGCACUUGAAUGACAUGACAAGCCUUAUUUUGUAAAUGUUUACUAACCUGAUUUGGGUUUUUAUGUAUUCAUAAAGCUAGAAUAAAAAGAAAACUAAACUUUCAACGACUAUG